GUGUGUUGUCGUUAAUAAUAUAUUGUUUUUGAAACUUCGUAGUCACGUAGUCAGAGUGAGUGUAAUUGUUUUAUCAUUCUGCAUGCAAUUAUUUAGUGGUUUUUGAGGAUUGAUAGAAUAUGUUAGUUUAUUUUUAGGGGAAAUUACUGUUGAGGACAGAUUUUGGAAAAUUAUUAAACAUUAGUGAAAAAGUUUGAUUUUAAUGAUUAAUAUUUAUAAUGUUUACCAUAUUUUUGUAAUGUGUUUUUUGACACCACUGAGGUGUAAAAUUUUCCCCAAUUUUUGUUAGACGAUUGAAAGAGACAGAAAAUAGUAGUUAGAUUUGUUUGAUUAUCUUAAUAAAAAAGAAGUUAAUUUUUGGCUAAAAAAUCAGAAAAUAAAUAAAUUGUUUGUUGGUUAAGUAAGUGUUUCUAUGAAUGAGUAAUUGUUUGGUUGAUUAUAAUGUUUCAAUAAUUUGAACCGUGGUGGGUUCGAAGCGCCUAGAUAACAAGAUCAAAUGAUCAAAUUUAAAUUUGAGAGAAUUUUAAACUAUUAAAAGUUUACUUUUUAACUACUACCGAACAUAUUAAUUUUUUUAGGUUCUAAAAUAAUAAAUAAAUAAUCAAUUAGAAUAGCAAUUAUUCAAUCCAUCAUAGGUUCAUUUUGUUGAUUUAAGUCAUUUAAUUUUUAAUGUUCUGUUGACUGGAUCGUUCAUAGAUGAAGUUAACUAUGUAUUUUUUUAAGACAAAUUUGAACCAUUAUUCAAUCCACCUAAUUUUUCUUUUAGUAGAUUAGUAGAUAGAUAAACAAAGGGAAAGAUCUAACCAUUUCCAACUUCCUAAGCCUCGUCUUCUCUAGUCAUGGCAACUAAUAACAGCUCCCCAAACACUUCCUCUAUUUCUCCAUUGUUGGAUGAUCUUCCUCGAGAAACAUGGAGAGGAAUAAACGAUCUCUACAUGUGGGAAGGCUUCUGGUACAGGCUUCCUCACCUUGUGGCAGCCAUUGCAGCACAAUCACGCUUCAAACCUCGGGACGACGAUAUCGUACUUGCUUCCUCCAUGAAGACUGGCACCACAUGGCUCAAAGCUCUCAUCGCUACCAUCAUGAGCCCAAAUGCUCGUUUGGCUGGCGAUGAAGAUGAUGACAAUUACGACCCUCUGAUCAAAAACCAUCCCAACGAGCUCAUCCCAUCUCUGGAAAUUCAAAUAUUUGCAGAGAAAUCUACUUAUCUUCUCUCAGCCAUGCCCUCCCCGAGGCUCUUUCGAACCCACUUGCCAUACAAGAUGCUUCCGGUGUCCCUCCGGAGCUCAGGCUGCAAGAUGGUGUACAUCACUCGAAAUCCCAAGGAUGCCUUUGUAUCCCUAUGGCACUUCAUAAACUCCGUUAGGACGAGCGAGCAAGGCCCGCUUCCCCUGGAUGAGACUUUCGACAAGUUUUGCAAUGGGGUUCAUCCUUAUGGCUCGUUCCACGACCACGUUCUCGAGUACUGGAAAGAAAGCUUGAAAAGGCCUGACAAAAUUCUCUUCAUGAGAUAUGAAGAGAUGAAGAGGGAUCCGAGUGGGGAGGUGAAGAAGCUGGCUACUUUUCUGGGAAGGCCUUUUGGAGAAGAAAAAGAAGAAGUUGAUAAGGUGCUGUGGAGGUGUAGCCUUGAGAGGAUGAAAAGCUUGGAGAUUAAUCAAAAUGGGGUUGAGCCUUGGGUUGGGAUUCCCAAAAGUGCUUAUUUUAGGCUUGGGGUUGUUGGGGAUUGGAAGAACAGUCUGACAUUGGAGAUGAAAGAGCGUCUUGAUGGAAUUACAAGCUCAAAGCUGGCAGGGGCUGGGCUGGAUCUCUAAAUUUAAUCAUCUUAUCACAUAUGGAGUAAUAUGAGUGAAACUGUGUUCUCAACCAAGUGCCAUGAGAGGUUUUAAUAAUAAACAAUAAAACCUACUACUGAUUCUUCUAUGCGAUGCUCUCAAAUUAUAUUUUAA